AUGGUUGGGUCUGAAGAAGUAUUAAAUUCACCGAGAUACAAUGUGCCCCUUACAAUAUAUGUAAUUUUAAUAUUUAUAACCAUCAUCGCAUUUGCCAAUUGCCGUACUAUAACUAUUAAAAAGGAACCAAAAUGCAAUCUACCAUGUAUAUCUUUGUGUCUAAACAAAUGUGUAGUCACUGUUACAAAUGAUAAUAUUGUAGUAAAUAUGCGGAAUCUGGAGAUUCUGUUGGAAAUCGCAAAAAUUUCAAAUCUCUACCUCAUCACACAAUUACCAAGCCACAUUACGGAUGAACAAUUAAUCCAGUGUGUAUACAAGGAAGGGUCUAGUAUACUUAAGCAUAGGAUCAUGACUUGCAGUACGGCCAAGGGCAGGGGUUCCAUGGUCAGACAACUGCAGCCAAUUUUACACGUAGAUAUUGAUAGAACUAUUGUAGAUUAUCUCACUGGAAAGGUUGCUAAUGUAUUAUCAUUGGAGGAGUCUAAUGAUGGUUACGAUUUAAGCAGUUUGCUAGAGAUCGUACCCUUAUGUAAAUUUUAG